UGCCCUGCGUCUGCAGAGAACAAGGAAAGCUUCUCUGCAGGGCUGUCAGCUGCCAAAAUGAACGGCGUGGAAGGGAACAACGAGCUCCCUCUCGCUAACACCUCGACCUCCGCCCUUGUCCCGGAAGAUCUGGAUCUGAAGCAAGACCAGCCGCUCAGCGAGGAAACUGACACGGUGCGGGAGAUGGAGGCUGCAGGUGAGGCCGGUGCGGAGGGAGGCGCGUCCCCCGAUUCGGAGCACUGCGACCCCCAGCUCUGCCUCCGAGUGGCUGAGAAUGGCUGUGCUGCCGCAGCGGGAGAGGGGCUGGAGGAUGGUCUGUCUUCAUCAAAGUGUGGGGACGCACCCUUGGCGUCUGUGGCAGCCAACGACAGCAAUAAAAAUGGCUGUCAGCUUGCAGGGCCGCUCAGCCCUGCUAAGCCAAAAACUCUGGAAGCCAGUGGUGCAGUGGGCCUGGGGUCGCAGAUGAUGCCAGGGCCGAAGAAGACCAAGGUAAUGACUACCAAGGGCGCCAUCUCUGCGACUACAGGCAAGGAAGGAGAAGCAGGGGCGGCAAUGCAGGAAAAGAAGGGGGUGCAGAAAGAAAAAAAGGCAGCUGGAGGAGGGAAAGACGAGACUCGUCCUAGAGCCCCUAAGAUCAAUAACUGCAUGGACUCCCUGGAAGCCAUCGAUCAAGAGCUGUCAAAUGUAAAUGCGCAAGCUGACAGGGCCUUCCUCCAGCUGGAACGCAAAUUUGGGCGGAUGAGAAGGCUCCACAUGCAGCGCCGAAGUUUCAUCAUCCAAAACAUCCCAGGUUUCUGGGUCACAGCGUUUCGGAACCACCCGCAACUGUCACCGAUGAUCAGUGGCCAAGAUGAAGACAUGAUGAGGUACAUGAUCAAUUUAGAGGUGGAGGAGCUUAAGCACCCAAGAGCAGGGUGCAAAUUUAAGUUCAUCUUCCAAAGCAACCCCUACUUCCGAAAUGAGGGGCUGGUCAAAGAGUACGAGCGCAGAUCCUCAGGUCGAGUGGUGUCGCUCUCUACGCCAAUCCGCUGGCACCGGGGUCAAGAACCCCAGGCCCAUAUCCACAGGAAUAGAGAGGGGAACACGAUUCCCAGUUUCUUCAAUUGGUUCUCAGACCACAGCCUCCUAGAAUUCGACAGAAUAGCUGAAAUUAUCAAAGGGGAGCUUUGGUCCAAUCCCCUACAAUACUACCUGAUGGGCGAUGGGCCACGCAGAGGAGUUCGAGUCCCACCAAGGCAGCCAGUGGAGAGUCCCAGGUCCUUCAGGUUCCAGUCUGGCUAAGCUCUGCCCUCGUGAGAAGCUCUUACAGAAGAGUCCUUACCACCUUCUCAGCUUGGCUAGCAGCAUGCAGCCUUCUGUCUGCUUUCUCUUCCUUGGAUUGUGUCCUUUGGUUCUUCUAAGUCUCCGGUAGUUUCAAGGUUGUGGCUUCCAAGUCUUUGCUCUUCUUUCUCUUGGCCAUCACGAUGUCCUGCAUAGUGUUAAUGGUGUUCCAAGUGCAUGGCCUCCAAACUGCUUCUAUGCCAAGCUCACGUGCUGUAGUUUGUACUGCUUUUCUUUGCAUGGCUUGGUUCCUGUCUGUGAUCUUCUAGGUUUUUUGUUUUCUUUUUUAAAAGUGGUUCUCUAUCAAAAGAAAGCUUGACAUAUCCUUACCAAGAACUAGCCAGAUUUCAUACUGUGUUCCCGAUAUCUAUGUACUGUGAAGAACUGUGAGUUUCGCCACUGCAAGAUGGGACUGUAUCCCAAUCCAGCCAUCAGCCCAACAGGACAUUCCAAGCUGUCACCAACUGAUCCUAGCUGUCUUCCUGGGCCUUUGCCAUUUACCCUGCUUUUUAUCUAUAGAAUGAGCAGGUGGCUGGUAGGUGACUACUAGGUAAGAGUGAAGUAUUAGGUGAGGAGUGUUUUCUGUCACCACAUUGUUCUUGUACCAAUGCAUCAUGAUCAGCUUGGAUCAGCUACUGACUGUCUGAUAUUUCUAACCCCCAACACAAAAAAAAAAA